AUUGGGGCUUUAUGAGUAAGCAGCUGAAAGAAGAGUAAGCUGCUCUCCUCGCAUCACCUCAGGGUCAGAAGAGACAGGCUGCAGCACGCCGAGCGACCAACAGGGAAGGAUGGAGAGGUAGAAAGAGAGCAGCAGGGAGAGAAGCACGAGCGUUCACGCCCCCCUCCGAAGCCUCAUGACUCACGAGGGGUGAGCGGCAGCAUCACGCCCACCCCUUCCCUCUCCAGUGCCAGGAAGAGCCGGCAAAACCACGCGUCUCCAGAAGAAGGAAAACAGAGGAAGGAAAAAAGCUGGCCCGCACGACUCCAGUGAUGUCACGAGCAUGUGACCCUGCUUCUCCAGUGACAGCGUUCUGAGGGAAAGAAAAAAGAUUUUUUAAAGGCUCGUGCCUCUUUGGGUUUGUGUGAAGGCUCUGCUCACCUCCCGAGCAACCACAGAACCACAGAAAAGUUCGGCUCGGGAUUUUUGCACGGCGGCGCUUCAAUGGUUAACUGUCGCCGGUCAACUUCAGGUUUGAGGACCGCACCAACCAAGGCGUCAAGGGUCACCGAAAACCGCAGAGAAGCGAAAUUUGGGCAACCAUGGCAUCCAACAGCCUCUUUAGUUCUGUGACCCCAUGUCAGCAGAACUUCUUCUGGGAUCCCAGCGCCGGCCGGAGGUUCAGUCCGCCGGUGUCGGUGAAGAUGAACGAUGUGAACCCGAGCGCAGGACAGCAGCAGCAGCAGCAGCAGCAGGACGGCGCCGUGGUGCCAAGGCUCCGCGCGCAAGAGAACCGCUCCAUGGCUGAGAUCAUCGCCGACCACCCCGCCGAACUGGUCCGGACCGACAGCCCGAACUUUCUCUGCUCGGUCUUGCCUUCUCACUGGAGGUGCAACAAAACUCUCCCGGUUGCGUUUAAGGUGGUGGCCCUGGGAGAGGUUCCUGACGGGACGGUGGUCACAGUAAUGGCUGGGAAUGAUGAGAAUUACUCAGCUGAGCUCAGGAAUGCCUCAGGUGUUAUGAAGAACCAGGUCGCCCGCUUCAACGACUUGCGCUUUGUGGGCCGAAGCGGAAGAGGGAAGAGCUUCACCCUGACGAUUACAGUAUUCACAAACCCACCGCAAGUGGCCACUUACCACAGAGCCAUUAAGGUCACGGUGGACGGACCGCGGGAGCCCAGGAAUCCACGCCAGGCUCAGUCUUCCCCACCUUGGUCAUAUGACCAGACGUACCCGUCGUACUUAAGUCCCAUGGCCUCCCCGUCUGUGCACUCCACCACCCCGCUCUCUUCCAGCCGGGCCACUGGGCUGCCCUCCAUCAGCGAUGUGCCCAGACGCCUCCCAGGUUCGACAGAUUUGAGUCCUUUUCCUGGCCAAUUUGAGCGUCAGUUCCCCGCCUUCUCCUCGCUCACCGAGAGCCGUUUUUCCAGUCCCAGAAUGCACUACCCGGCCACCUUCACGUACACGCCCACCCCCGUCAGCACCGGCAUGUCCCUCGGCAGCGCUCACUACCACACCUACCUGCCCCCGCCGUACCCCGGCUCCACCCAGAGCCAAAGCGGACCCUUCCAGAGCAGCAGCACACCUUAUCUCUACUACGGCGCCUCCUCGGGCUCCUACCAGUUCUCUAUGGUUCCGGGCGGAGACCGGUCGCCCACCCGGAUGAUGCCGCCUUGUACUAGCGCAUCUACGGGAACCAGCCUGGUCAACCCCAACCUCCCGGUCCAGGCCGAUGGAGGCGGAGGGGUGGAGGGGGACGGAAGUCAUAGCAACUCCCCCACUCUUCUCAAUCCUGCUGGUAGAAUGGACGAAGGCGUGUGGCGGCCAUAUUGAUCGGACAAUUACGUGAGCGUGGAACCUUCAAACAAACAGCAUGGUUUUAAAGCACAAACCUUACUAGGAUGUUCAUCCUGUCUCGCUGAGCUACUUUCCCUCGCUAACAUGAGUAUUUAUGAGCCUGUUGAAAGGGAAGUAUUUUUUACAUUGGACUUUUGUUGUUAUUCUGGACCUUUUGACCUCUGGGAUUCAUUGUUAUAGGCGGGAUUAUUUAGAAUUGAAGGAAUAGAGAUGGAUCGAGUAUUUCAUUAGCAUUAUGUCAUUAUAUACUUGUCUUGGCAUGUUUUUAAUAUAUCAUUUAAAGCACUGAACAACAUCUGUAUGACCGUUUGUGAUCGAAUAUCUCUUUUUGUGCUUUUUUUUUUAACUUAAGCAUUUAAGUUAUACGUAUUUGAUAAAAGGAUUUAAAGUAACUUAUAAAAGCCAUAGAUUAAAUAAUGUAUUUGGAACUUGAGUCACAGAGGGAAUAUUUUUGUACAGCAUCUAUGUUCAAGUUAAUGCAACUAAUUUAGGGUAAUUUAAAUUUCUGUGCCUUAAUUGAUCACACAGAGUUGUAUGUAGGGUCUCUGUGUCUAAGUACAAUACAUUUGUAAGCAGUUAAUAUUGCUUAAUGAUGCUAAGUGCUUUUUCACUGUUAUAAAGCUUUAAACCAAAGAAACAGCCACGGAUGCUCAAAAGUGUUUGCCAAUGUGCUAGACCAAGCUUUCUUUGAGUAGCAUGCAUGUGCUGGGAUAAUUUAUUUAGCUUAUAUGUUGCUUAACUAAACGCGGCUGGGAAAGGUUUCCAGUGGGGGAAUAUUGAAGGUUCUGGAUGGUACAAGGAUACUCUUUUCCUGAUAACUGGAGCAAUUCAUAUCCUCAAAAAAGAGGGUAAUACACUCAGUUAAGGCACUAUAUUACCCAUUGCAACAAUGCAGCUGGAGUAAAUUCCUUUUUUUUUAUUUGUGUUGUAUUUAUAGUAUUUAAACAUUCGAAGUUUGGGGCUCAGUAAUUUUUUUUAGGAAAUUAGUAUUUUGCAAAUGCGCAUUAAAUUGAUCAAAAAUCGACAUGGAUGAGAAAACAAUUAUAUUUCAGAUAAAGAGAAAUGCAUCAGUUUCCACAAAAAUACGAAAUAUAUUUCAACGUGAAUUUUAAUAAUAAUACAUAUUAGAUCGAUUUCUAAAGGCGCUAUAGACUAUGGUAAUGAUGCUGAAAAUUCAGCUUCGCGUCACAGAAAUGAAAGAACAUUUUAAAAUAAAUAAAAGAAAAAUUGCAGUGAUGUUUUCACAGCGUUGCAGCUUUUAUGCUAAAGUGAUCAAAUGAAUGCAGCAUUAAAAAAACUCUAUUUUUCAAAAACAUUAAACAAAUCUUACUGAGCCCAAACUUUUGACCAGUUGUGUAGCUAUAUUUUAUUUUAUUGAUUAUUUUAUUUUAUUUUAUUUUAUCGACAUUGUCGGUUAUGAAACCUUAAUUAUCAGCUCAGUAAUGUGCAAAUUAGCUUCAUGAUUUCAGAAUGCCAGUCGAGAAAAGACUGACUUGCCCAACUGCAAUCGUCUAACGGAGUUAUAUUUAUCGAGUGCCUUACGGUUGGAACUAUACAGACCUCCCCAAACAACUGAAAGCUUUCUAUGAAGCAGUGCUUUUUAUACGGCUUAUAAAGCCCAUAUUUAAGCAAUUAAAUUAAAAUAAACCAAAGCUCUUAGCUUGAGUUGGAUGUGUUUCUGACCUUCUUUACCUUAACAUUGGUCCAGUAUUGCAUUUCUGGCAGAACUAGGUUCCUUUUGGCUGCUUCAAACCAGGGCCGUUGCUUGAAUUCAUCCCAGGAUCCAGGUCGGCGUUCCCGGUUAUCCCAUCCUGACGGCAAAAACGGCUUCAAAUCAGGGGCGUCUACCUAUAAAUUGAAAUAGCUGUGAGUGUGUACGAAAUGUUUACAUCGUUCAGAGACCAUGUCGUAUAUUACAGGAGGUAAAUACACCACCCUAGUUUUGUUGAAUUAUUAUCUCGUUUCUUCUUUUGUAAAUUAGUAUUUAUCUGACAGGUUAACUGAGGGCAAUUUGUAGCAAAUUUGUCUCUGGUUCUUGCAUGCUUUGUUUCCUUUGCACAUCUGUGUUUAAAUUAUCUCGCUUUUCUUCCCUGUGAAGCCUGUUCUCUUUUAUCCAAGGAUAGAAAAAGGGUUUAAGGGAAAUUAUCAUGACAACAGUGAAAGAAAUUGGCUUUUUUUGAUUGUUGUACGUUGUUAUAAUAGUUUUCUUUGUAAGAGAAAUAAAAAGA